AUGCUUGAUCGACAGCCAAAGAACGCGAACGAGGAAGACCAACAGUUUAUUACAAGUUUUACGAAAACAAAAAAGUGGCGAAAGAUUUUGGAACUGGGACAAGAACUAGCACCGGUCCAGCGAUCGAACUAUUUAUGGGCCUGGCCGCUUGAGCAGGAUGUAGAACGGUUCAGUGAGGCACUGAAUCGCCACGGUAUACAAAAUAUUGCCAGUGUAGGCUGUGGUACUGGCUUGCUAGAGUGGAUCAUCGGUUGUGCAAAUGACACAAUUAGUGUUGUCGGUAUAGAGAUCGACGAGGUAUGGUGGAGCUCAAAGUAUGCACCGAUCCGAUACAUUCCACUACUUUUUGUCAAUGGGUCGGACAGUUCCAUGAAGGAAGUGAUGUCAAAAUGGCACGACAAGCCCCUGGAUACACUUUUAUUUUGUUACUUCAACAACGGAGAAGCGUUUGAACAGUAUGUAAAAGAAUUUAACGGGCGCUUCGUAAUACUAAUUGGUCCGGGCAGAGAAAAGGGUGUGCAUACCAAUCCUUUGCCGUUGGCCCCCGGUGAAUGGUUUUGUCGUGAUUGGAAGCUGAUGGACGAGUUCAGCAUCGGAAGUGAAAACAUAAAUUGUGUUGCAAUCUACGAACGGAUAAGCACGAGUUCUUAA